AUGCCGGAUCAAAGCAGUGAGGUGAAUGUAAUAAAAAUGCCGCAAAGUAAAAUAUUCUGUAAAAAUCGGGCACUAGGUUAUGUCAGCAACCACAUUCCUAUGAUUACACGUUACAUCAAACGGAGAAAAGACAAUUUGAUUGCUACUUGUGUUGGGCGAGCAUUUCAUACCUACAGCUGUUCACAUUUAACUUUAUUGACAGUUUCUGGUGGUCAUCCGGGGGACAUUACAUCCCUAGCUGGUGACACUUAUCACGUGUACACGGCUAGUGAAGGCUAUAUUUAUGCUUGGCGACGAGGUAACGAAUUGAAACACACCUACGGUAAACAUGAUCAUCAGAUUCAUAGUCUCUUGCCUUUUGGACCAAAUUUAUUGUCCGUUGACGAAGAGAGUAAUUUAAAAAUCUGGGACAUUAAAACAGAAAAAUUGCAAGCAGAGUUAAAUUUUAGUAAUAAUGUUUUUAAAAUCACUACAAUGAUACACCCGAGCACUUACAUAAAUAAAAUACUUUUGGGUAGUGAGCAGGGUAAUCUCCAGUUGUGGAACAUACGUACAACACAAAUGAUUUAUAAUUUCAACGGAUGGGGUUCAGCCGUGACUGUAAUUGAACAAGCGCCUGCUUUGGACGUUGUUGCUAUUGGAUUGGCCAAUGGAAAAAUAAUUCUCCAUAAUUUGAAAGUUGAUAAAACUGUUUUCCAACUCGUUCAAGACUGGGGCUUGGUUACGUCCAUAACAUUCAGAACUGACAACCACGAGCGUCCAAUCAUGGCCACUGGAAGUCUUUCUGGUCAUAUUGUUUUUUGGAAUCUCGAUGAAAAACGCGUUGACAGCCAACUUAUCAACGCACAUGCUGGCUCAGUUGCUGGCUUGCAGUGCUUGCCAAAUGAACCUUUAAUCGUUUCAUCCUCUCCCGAUAACUCGCUGAAGGUCUGGAUAUUCGAUUUAGCUGAUGGAGCUGCUCGUUUGCUAAUGGUUCGUGAAGGACACUCUGAACCGCCUACGCAAGUAAGGUUUUACGGAGACGAUGGUCGUAAUAUUAUAACCGCUGGGGGUGACUCCUCGAUAAGAAUAUUCUCCACUGUCACUGAAAUAUUUAAUAAAAGUCUGGGUAAAGCGUCGUUUAACAGAAAAUCUUCAAAAAAGAAGAAACGCAACGUCGAAGAUAAUCUUAUAAUGCCAGCUAUCACUGAAUUCGCGUAUGAAAAAACUCGCGAAAAAGAAUGGGACAACAUUGCGGCAUGUCAUUUAGGUUUAGGUACUGUUACUACUUGGUCAUAUGAUAAAAUGAAAAUGGGAGAGCACAAAUUAUUACCUGAACGAUUUACUAGAAAUAAAAAUGCAAAUGCAACAAGUCUCUGUAUGACGCACUGUGGAAAUUUUGUCGUGAUCGGUUACAACACCGGGCAUAUUGACAGGUUCAAUAUUCAAUCGGGAUUACACAGAGCAACGUAUGGAGGUGAAAAAGGAGCACAUGUAGGCCCCAUCAAAGCAAUUAUGGUUGAUCCACUUAAUCAGUAUGUUGUAUCCGCUGGUCGAGAUCAUCAAGUUAAAUUUUGGCCGUUUAAAUCUACCCCAGAUACUGAACCACAGACAGUAUUAACUUUAAAUGAAGCUGUUAAAUGGGUUAGAACACAUCCCGAAGGUUCUCUUGUUGCCUUAGCCCUAGAGGAUUUUACUGUAAUUUUAAUUGAUUUAGAUACUAGGCGCUUGGUUAGACAUUUCCGUGGUCACAUAGCUCACUUGACAGAUGCCACAUUCAGUCCGGACGCUCGAUGGCUUGUAACUGCUGCUAUGGACUCUACUAUACGAACAUGGGAUAUACCAACCGCUCAGCCAAUUGAUGUCUUCCGGGUACCCGAUACUUGCAUAUCGCUGCAUUUUUCACCCACCAGUGAGUUUUUAGUAACAGCUCACAUGAACAAUGUAGGAAUUUAUUUGUGGUCCAAUCGCACUCUAUAUAGCCACGUGUCGUUGAAAUCCUUACCUUCAAACUAUUCUAUACCUUUGGUUGAUCUACCAAAAGUAAUACCAUCUUCAAAGGACAACGAAACUGAGUCAGAUGCCAUGCAAGUCGAUAACGAGGAAGACGAUGAAGAGGAAAAAUAUGUUUCACCAGUUCAAUUGGCUCCGAAUCUUAUAACAAUGUCAUCGCUGUCAAAUGCAAGAUGGCAAAAUCUUCUCAAUAUCGAUAUUAUCAAGAAGAGAAAUAAACCUAUUGAACCUCCCAAGGCCCCUGAAACAGCUCCAUUCUUCCUGCCGACAAUACCUUCACUAGAUAUUGAGUUUGAUAUUUCAGAUGCUAAAAACCAAGAGUCAGAUAGUAACAGUAAAUUAUUAAUGCCGAGCAACUUUAGUAAUUUGACAACGUUUGGUAAAAUGCUGAAAGACACUAUUGACCACAACGAUAAUGACUUUACGAAAGUUAUUGACAGGCUAAAAGCUUUAGGACCCAGCUCUAUAGAUCUGCAAAUACAAUCGCUUUCGUUGGACAGUACAUGUUCGGUAGACAUAAUGAUACAGUUUAUGAAAAUGAUCAAACAUAUGAUGAACAGUAAUCAGGACUUUGAGUUAUCUCAGUCGUAUUUAGGUCUAUUUUUGAAAACUCAUGGCAUGGCUAUACAAAAUGAACCAAGACCAAGUAGGGCUUCAAUAAUAGCUGGUAAGUCUUUUUGUACGAUACCAUAUGGAUCCUCGGUAAGAGACGCUACAGCGAGCAAAGAAAUUCCGUCGAUAGCCCAAAUAACUGGCUGA